GAAAAUGAAAGCAGAAGGAGAACGAGCGGCGCGUGCGUUGUGUUGAAAACAGGACGUUCUAUUGCUCGUACUAAAAUAAACCAGGACAAUGGAUCUAACGGAGCAGAUCAAUCAGUUGGAGGCAGACUUGACAGAACUUGGGUCCCUUUUGGAGAAAGCAGAGCGAAAGAGAGUUAAAGAUGUUUUGACACAAGAAGUAAAGAAAGUGGAGAAAGAGCUCUCUGUCAAAAAACAACAGAAGGAGCAACUUGCCAGAAAAGAUGUGAAUCCCCCAACAGCCUCUAAAGCGGCAUACACAGUCAAAAUCACGAACUAUGCAUGGGACCAGUCUGAUAAAUUUGUGAAAAUCUACCUCACACUGAAGGAUGUGCACAAGAUUCCAUCAGAAAAUGUUGAAGUCACUUUUACAGAAAGUUCACUUUCUGUGCUGGUAAAGGAACUUGAUGGAAAGAACCAUCAGAUGAACAUUCUAAGUCUAUUACACCCUAUCAAUGAGAAGGACAGUUAUAAAAAGGUAAAAACAGACAUGCUUCUGAUAAUGUGUAAGAAACAGUCCACACAAAAGUGGGACUACCUAACAAAAGUGGAAAAGCAGUCCAAAGACAAAGACAAACCAAAAAUGGAGGACAAUUCAGAUCCCAGCGACGGCCUGAUGAACAUGCUCAAAAAGAUUUAUGAUGAAGGAGACGAUGAGAUGAAGAGAACGAUCAACAAAGCAUGGUCAGAAUCCCAGGAGAAGAAAAUAAGAGGAGGAGCUGCAGACAUGAUGGACUUUUGAGCUUGAAUCACCUCUUCCAUCACUGGACCACCAAGUGAGACAUAGGGUUGAACAUGUUAGAUUAAACCCACUACACCCAAGAGUUUAUAUCAACUUUACCACGCAGAUCUAUCAUUACUUCUAUUGUACUUAUAUGUUAUUAUUACAUAUAAAGCUCUAAUACAAACAGGAAAGCAUCUUACCUAAAAUAUAUGAGACUGAGUGUUAUGCAUUUGUCUGUAGUUGCACUCAAAAGACGCCAUUUGUGUGUACUUUCAUUUUCUGUCAUUCCUUAAAUAGAUGAAGGUAUUCCUAAAAAAUGGCUGCGCAAGUGUCAUUCCAAAAAUAUCCAAAUAUAUUAAUGUGUGCUGUCUCCAUAGAAGUAAUAGAUUUUGCCAUAAAAUGUCAACCCACAUGGCUGUUUAAUAUAUUCCAUAAUAAUGUCAAUGUAAACUUUAAUGUUAUGUAAAGUUAAUGCCUGACAAGACCUGUUUAUGUCUAAACUCAUUUGUGUUGUUUCUUUUAAAAAAGCAACUAAGACACAUCAAAACUCAGAACUAAUAAAAAUGGACUGUAUUUA